GGGCGAGAUCCGUCCAAGGUUAUGGCGAGGGUGUCUCACCUUCUGAAGCUUCUUCAGUUCGUCUCCCUCUUCUCCGUCUCCUCCUUCUCAUGGCCGCCGCCUCUCUACUUCUGGCCCCUUUUCCUCUUCGGCCAGUUCCUCAACUUCAGGUUGCUAAAGCGUCACAAGAUCUGUUGAGCAUUCAUGGAGGCCCAAUAAUAAGAUUACAAGAUUUGGGGUUGAUAGAUUGAAUGAUUGAUUGAUUGAGAAAAUUUACAAGAUUGCAAGAUUUGGGGUUGAUUGAUUGAUUGAUUGACAAGAUUGCAAGAUUUGGGGUUGAUUGAUUGAUUGACAAGAUUUACAAGAUUCGGAGAUGAUUGAUUGAUAAAAUCCAGGCGCAUAAAAAGGAAUGGUUGAAUAUUUGACUACUUCCCUUAUUUUCCUACUUUGUUUUUAAAUCUUUUCUAUGUUGGAUAAUUCUUCUUUCUUUAUUAUCAGAUUAUGUUAUUUCCUUCUUGUAAUCAAUUCCUACUAUGCCUAGGAUUUGAUUUAUUUCUUUCUAGUUUAGGAUUGGUGAUCAGCUAUAUAAGCCAAUAUAACCCGAGAGGAAUUUAGUUUUUGAACAAUAUUAUUAGUGAGAGUUUUCUCUUUGGUUUUUCAAUGAACUUACUUUGAACUUAUCAAGAUUUUAUCUUGUGGCGUUCAUCCUUGAUUUAUCACUCACAACUCUUCUCAUCUAUCUUGAGUGUGGUAUCUACCUUACUUUCUUAUACAUUUGGUUCUUAUCUCUUUAUAGAUAACGGGUCAAGAUCCUUUGUUUUCUUUAUUAUAAAUCUGUUUUAGAACGAUUCUUGACAAAUGAACCAUUUUUUAUCGUCGAGUCUCACCUUCCUUCGUGGGGUUCACAUCAUUUGGUAUCAGAGUUCAGCUCUAAAUCAGGUUUGAACUAUCCUUAUUUUUGCUUUCAUUGUUUAUUAUUUCUUUUUAUUCCUGCACCAUUGUUUGUUCUUCGAGUCUGCAACUUUGCCUAUUUUUUCAUCUUGAUUUGUUCAAGUUUUGUUAGUUAUCAUUAUAUAUAGAAAAAAAAAAAAAAGGUGGAAAGUUGGGAAUUCCAAAAAAAAAAAAAGGAAAAUUGGAAAUUCAAAAAAAAAAAAAAGGAGUGGAAAGUUGGAAGUUAAAAAAGAAAAAGAACGUGCGAAAAUUCAAAAUUCAAAAAAAAAAAGUAUCGAAAAUUUAGAAAUCAAUUGAAUCUGAAUUAGUUGAAGUGUUGCUUGUCAUCUAAGUUUUGUUUGCAUAAAGUGUGAUGUCUAUUCAGAGCAGUCGACCCUAGUUGCAUCAAAAUUCGUAUCUCCUUUUCCUCUGCCUUUCUUAUUCAUUGUUUCAUUAUAACUUUAUUCUUUCAGCUUCUUAAAUCCUGCCUAUUUUUUUUCAUUCUUUGCGAAUUAACCCAUUCUCAUUCUUAGUGAUCUGAUUAGUUGAGUUUGGAUUGUUGCAAGAAAAAUUUUGAUCGAGUUCAUUUGAGUUCAAUAAAGAACUAAAAGAGGAGGCUAAAGAGUGGAAAAAUGCAAGAGAGUGUGAGCUCAUAAGAGGGUAAAAGCCAAGUUUGAGAAUGCACGAGUGUGAGUGCUAUCAAUCUUGAGAGGAAACCUGUGAGAGAGUGUUGUGAGGUUUCCUAACUUUGUUUUGGAGGGUAUUAAACAUGUCUCGAGAGAGUGAAGCUUAGGAAAAGAUAGAUUUCAAACUCUUCUUUCAGUCCUUAGAGCAAAAAUUUGAACAAAUGGAGAUGAGAUUUGAUAAGAUAAAUGAGAUAAUAGAUAAAGUUAAAUCUAGUUCACAAAGGGGGCAGCCACGUAGAGCUCCUAUUGUGCAAAGAAGAAAGAGCCAUCCACCUAGGUAUGACUAUGAAGAUGACUAUAGAGGAGUUAGACAUGGAGAAAGGAUUGAUAACAACAUGGACAACAUUAAGAUGCAGAUUCCAUCUUUCCAAGGCAAAAACGAUCCAGAAGUUUAUUUGGAGUGGGAGACAAAUGUUGAAAUGGUGUUUGCUUGUCACAACUACUCUAAAUUGAAAAAGGUAAAAUUGGCCACCGUCGAAUUUACUGAUUAUGCUAUUAUUUGGUGGGAUCAACUUAUUUUGAGCAGGAGACGGAAUCGUGAAAGGCCCAUUGAGACAUGGGAAGAAAUGAAGGCUAUUAUGAAGAGGCGAUUCAUUCCAAGUCACUACUAUAGGGACUUAUUUCAGAAGUUGCAACGCCUUACUCGAGGUUCCAAAAGUGUUGAGGACUACCACAAAGAGAUGAAAAUAGCCAUGAUUCGAGCCAAUGUGGAGGAGGAUCGAGAAACUACCAUGGCCAGGUUCCUAGUUGGAUUGAACUGUGAUAUUGCAGAUGUGGUAGAAUUACAACAUUACGUUGAGUUAGAUGACAUGGUGCACAUGGCCAUUAAGAUAGAGCGACAAUUGAAGAGAAAGGGAACCACACGAAUUAGGCAAAAUUUGGGCUCUUCAACAUGGAAAUCGAAUUGGAGCAAAAAUGAUUAAAAGCCUAAUUUCAAGCCUAAAUUCGAAACCUCCAAUACCAACAAAGAUGGAAGAGCACCAAAUAAGGUAAAAUCUGAUACUCUACCUCCUAAAAAUAGAGAUAGCAAAUGCUUUAAGUGUUUGGGGACAAGCCAUAUCGCAUCUCAAUGCCCAAACAAAAGAGUGAUGAUUUUGAAAGAUCAUGGUGAUAUUGAGACCGAAUAUGAGUUCGAUAAUGAGUUCAUGCCACAUUUGGAGGAUGUAAGUGGCAUUGAGUACCCAAUAGAUGGGGAGCUCUUGGUGGCAAGGAGAACUCUUAGUGUGCAAGUCAAAAUGGAUGCGAAAGAGUAACGUGAGAACAUUUUUCAUACUAGAUGCUAUGUCAAUGAUAAGGUAUGUAACAUGAUUAUUGAUGGGGGAAGCUGUACUAAUGUGGCUAGUACUAGCUUGGUGGAAAAAUUGAAUUUGAUGACUUUGAAGCAUCAUCGGCCGUAUAAGCUACAAUGGCUGAAUGAUUAUGGAGAAUUUAAAGUAACUAAACAAGUGUUUGUUUCAUUCUCAAUUGGGAAGUAUACAGAUGAAGUUUUGUGUGAUGUGAUGCCAAUGCAUGCGGGCCAUAUUCUUUUGGGGUGACCAUGGCAGUUUGAUAGGUGUGCAAUUCAUUAUGGUUAUACCAACAGAUUCUCCUUUGUACUUAAUGAAAAACCAAUUACUCUUGUACCCCUAUCCCUAAGACAAGUAUAUGAAGAUCAAGUGAGGUUAAAAAAAUAGAGUGAUAAGAAAAAAGAGAGUGAGAGUUCAAGAGUAAGAGAAACUGAGAUGAUGAAAAAGGAGAGUGAAAGUUCAAAAGUAAGAGAAACUGAGACCAAACAGAGAGAAAAUGAGAGCAAAAAAGGAAAAUGAGUUUCGGUUUGUGAGGAAAGAAAAGAGAGAAAACAAGUGAACUAUUAUGUAAGAGAAAAUAAGUUCAAAAAGGCUUUGUUUCUAAAUCAGCCUAUGAUUGUACUUUCGUACAACGAGGUUUGUUUUAGUACUACUGACCUUAACCCCUCUUUGCCUAGUGCUGUUGUUUCUUUUUUGCAGAAAUUUGAUGAUAUGUUCCCUGAAAAGAUACCUAAUGAUUUCAAAAAAGUUGUAUUUGAUCCUAGUGAUUGGGUUUGGUGGCAUAUAAGGAAGGAACGAUUUCCCGUUCAAAGGCAUUCAAAACAACUUUCAAGGGGAGAUGAUCCAUUUCAAGUGCUUGAAAGGAUCUACAAGUUCGACUUUCCGGGUGAGUGUGCAAGUGCAACAUUUAAUGUUGCUGAUUUCUCUCCUUUUC